CAACUACGCCAGAGGACUUCAAGAUGGCGGCCUGUCAGUUGUCAACAAAGUGUGCCACAUCAUCAAGCAGGGCCGCUGUACGCUGGUGACCACACUGCAAAUGUUCAAGAUCCUGGCCCUAAACGCACUCAUCCUAGCCUAUUCUCAAAGCGUGCUGUACUUGGAUGGCAUCAAGUUCAGCGACUACCAGGCUACACUACAGGGACUCCUACAGGCCGCCUGCUUCCUCUUCAUCUCAAGGUCAAAGCCGCUGCCGGAGUUAAGCGCUCACCGACCUCUACCAAAUAUCUUCAAUAUCUAUACGGUUGCGACGGUGCUUCUACAGUUUGGUUGCCACUUUACCGCCCUGCUCUACCUGGUCAACCAAGCCAACCACCUGGACAACCACACUGCUAUAGGGGGGGCGGCGGUGGACCUGGAGAAGCAGUUUGAACCUUCUCUCCUUAACUCCACUGUGUACAUAAUCUCGCUGGCUCUCCAAGUAUCAACCUUCGCGAUCAACUACAGGUUCCGGGUGACCCUCAUACAAGUUCUGUGCCUGGACUUCGCGCUGUCGUUCGUCAUAGAUAGAGUCUGCCUAGCACUCUUUGGGGAGGGCAAGUUGGCACCCUCCCUGCGGCACUGAGAGAGAGAGAGAGAGAGAGAGAGAGAGAGAGAGAGAGAGAGAGAGAGA